AAACAUAUCCCUUUUAAUUUGUUUUUCGUUUUAUUUUAUGGGCACAUAUUUGUCUACCUAAACUCGUCAGAGAAGUGCCCAUUUUAUUCCGAAAGGAACAGUACAGACCGUCUGCAGGUUUAUAGAAACUCUGGUUUUGCAAUCAAUUUCUCAGUGGUGAAACUAUGGAGACUUACCAAAUGGAUGCGCAGGCUAAUCCCAUCGAAGAUCAACCAGCACCAAAUAAUGGGCCCCCACUAAUUAAUGAGGGACCGUUCCAAGGGCCACCGUUUCUUCAGGAACCGAUCCAAGGGCCACCUUUUCUUGAGGAGCCGAUCCAAGGGCCACCUUUUCUUGAGGAACCGACCCAAGGGCCACCGUUUCUUCAGGAACAGAUCCAAGGGCCACCCUUUCUUGAGGAACCGAUCCAAGGGACACAGUUUCUUCAGGAACAGAUCCAAGGGCCACCAUUUCUUGAGGAACCGAUUCAGGACCCAUCAUUAAUUGAGGACCCGAAUAAUGGGCCACCAAAUAAUGAGCAAACGACUAACGAGCAACCGAAUAAUGUGCAACAUCAUCCUAAGAAAAAGAAAAAGAAGAAGAGAAAGCCACCGCAGUCUGGUGAUAUAGUGUUCUCCAAAGGAAAUUCUUUCCAAACAAUGCCUUCACUGAGCAAGCUGUUAAAGGACGCCACAGAAACUAUCAUCGGUCUUCAGUAUGUGUGGGAGUACCGCAGCCCAAGUCAAGCUGUCCAACCGCACUACCAGUGCAAACUGUGUUCCCUGCAUCGUGUGCAGCAUGACAUGAUUGAUCACGUCAAAGGCUGGAAGCACAGCUACAGAUAUAUGAAAAAGACUCAUCCUGAUAAGGUAACCUGGGAAGAGGAGGAUGGCGUCAAAGACCCUGUGGUCAGAAAGGCAAUUAAAGCUGCUGCUGCAGAAGUGGAAAAAGCCGAGGGAAGGGGACAGAUUAAGGUGAUUCUGAAGGAGCCCUAUCUGGUUCCUGCUUUUAAGGGACUCCGUUCUGCUGCUCCUGCAGCAAUGCCUCCACCGAAUAAGGGGAUGGGGCCAAUGGGUCCCUCAUUUGGUCCCAGGUUCCAUAACUCCAGGUUUCAAGGAGAGUUCCCCCCUCAUAGAGGUGCUCCCUCCAACUAUCAAGGUGGAGAAUAUGAAGAACCUGGGUAUGGAGGCUUUAUGCCAAGACCAGCGUUUCCUGACGGGGGUAUGAAUAUGGGUCCUUACCCGGACAGUAGGGGUCCUGGACCAGAUGGCUAUGGAAGGGGCGGACCGAUGGGUGAAAACACAAACGCAGCGUAUCCUAAUGAGUUCCAGGACGGCUUUACAAAGAGACCGACGAGCAAACCAGUGAACCAGCCUAGAUUAUUUGGAGAAGCCCCGGAGAGUAAAAACAUUCCCGCUCUGCUCAAACACCUGGACUCUUUCCGAAUAGAGACCGAAAACGAUGCUCAGUUGGUCCUGAAAGUGACACAAAAACUAACCGACGCGCUGAUGGAUUACAGGCUGAGGAGCAUUCCAGAGCCAUCGACAUUUAGCAGCUUUCCCAUGAGGUCUUCAGACUUUUCCAAACCACCUCCAAGAUUGCAAGGCAACAACGAACGAUAUCCAAGUAAUCAUUCAGGUCCAUCCAGAUAUCCAGAUGGUCCAAAGAGGUAUUUCAAAUGACCAGCAGAAGAUGGCGCCUCACUCAUCCUUCUCUCACAGAUGCACAACAGACGUGGAGUCCUUUUUCCCUUUUGUGUAUAUACAUUAUAUAUACUGAAUGUGUCAUCUUGUUUUCCCACCAAUAAAGUUUUUUUUUCCUACUUCCUUUGAUAAAUGGAAGUUUUUCACAACAUGAACAGGACAUGUUUUAGUUGACCAAUUGUAUUAGUUGUUAGUUUUUGUCCAGGUUUAA